AAUUAGUUUAAUUAUUUUCUGAUUUUGUUAUUUUCAUACUUGUAGACAUGAAUUUUUCCAUAGAACCGUACAAUUAAAUAGGUUCUAGGUAGCGCGGAACUCGAUAGUUUCUUGUCUAUGCUAGCGUAUAACCAAACGUGGCAGAUCCCUAAUUCUAUAGGAUCUUGUAUAUGCUAGCAUAUGUCACAUUCAGCACUUAGCCACAUAAUGCAGCACUAGUCCGGAAGUCACCAGAACCAUAAACGUGGGCACUCUCAUUUCUUCUUUGGUAAAAGUAAAUAUGUCUUUACUGCUGGCUAGUAACACCCGAAUUUCACUAGUAGGCAACCAAUAGCUGCAGCAACAGUAUUCACAUUUUGUUUAUGUUUAUUCUUUCAUCUCGUUGGAUAGAUAAUAGGAAUUAAAUUCUUAGGUUCAUGGAUAAUACAACAAUCUGAAAGCAAACAAAUUUUAUACAAAAUUAGAGAUUUAUGUUUUAUAAUAAAAUUCAAAAGGUAGACCUAUAUUAUAAAUAACUUUCAUAUAUGCUUAUACACUUACCAGUGAACAAUAAUUAUAUAAUUUUUUUUUACUUAAAUGCCUGUAAAAUCGUAAUAUAAAAAUGUUACGUUUUUUUUAUAAUUUAAUAUAAAUAUUUUCUAAGAAUUAAAUAAAUAAUUUCUAAAAUUUUACAUUAUUUUAUAGCUCUUUUUUGUAUCUCAUAAAAUUACUUUUAUGACUAAGAUCGCUGACCACUGAUGAGAACCAAAUAAAUAUCUUCUAUAUAAGAUAAAAUAAAGUACAUAUAUUUAUGUGAUAUUGUUUCGUCACUUUAUUUUAUUAUAAAUUGAGAUAUAUAUGCAAAAAUUCGCUUAUGAAAAGUAGAAAUAACCUAACUGAGGAAUUUAAUUUGUAAUAUUGCCAACAGAGUUCUAAAGCAAAUGAUAGCAAUAUUAUAAUCAAAUCCAUAUCUGUAGUAUACACAUUACACAUGUGUCGUGGCGCCAAAAUCUUAUACUAUUGCUGUACAAAUAGUAAAUUUUAUAUCAAUUGCUUUUACCGUAAUUUUCAUAUUUUCGAAGUUUUUCUCAGGUAGUAAUGAAGGAUGAGGAAUAUUACACAGUAUUUUGAGGACAAUGUACAGUCUACUAAUGACGUAUCGAUACAUUCUGAUAAUGAUACGAAAAAAGAAAUGAAGUAUAGAAAGGAUUCUAAAGGAAAGCGUAAUCGUGUUAAAAUUAAAAUAUCUCGAACGAAUUCUAACGAAAGAGUAUGUGAUAUUAUGGACAAUAGCAGUGAUAUGAUUGAUAAAACGCCUAGUCCAUUUGCUAAAAUAAAUAAUGAAGAUAAAGAUUCAUGUGAAACACCAAAAAAAUCUUUUCCAAAAAGUGUUCGAAAGCCCUCCAAACGAAACAAAUCAACAGAUCAAUCUUCAAGUUAUCUAAAUUUAGGAACAAAUGAUUUGGAUAUAAAAAAUAGAGAGCAAAGUAAAGAAGGUAAUGUUAAAACUCGAUUAAGCAGUAAUAAAAAGUAUAGAAAAGAAUUGAGUAAUAAGACAAAUAUUAGUGAAGAUAUAAGCAUAGAUAAUACACUUAAAAGUAGAGAAGUUAUUGAUGAUAUAGAGGUAGUAACUAUUGAUUCUAAUAAUGAGAUUGAAAAUAGUAGGGAAGAAUCAAAUGCUUUUCAAAUUCUAAUGAAUCGCAAUAAGGUAGUUCAAUAUGUCUCACCAAUAAAAGUUCUUCCUCAAAAUGAAGAAGUAAAUAGCAGAAAAUCAGAAGAGUAUAGAGAGAAACUAAAACGUUCUAAAGAAAAACUAAUAGCGUUAGCUGAUAAGAAAGGAUAUUCUAAAAGAAAACUUGCAGAGAUGGAAGAAGGUGAAAAAAUAGAACAAAUAAUACAAAAUCGUAUAAAGCUGUUUAAAGGUGAAGAGAGAAAGGAUAGUAACAUGAGUACAACUAUUUUAAAUCAUAAGCAAUCAGGUGGUAGUUUAUUAAAUUAUUUCAGCAAAAUUCCAAUGGAUUUAGUACAUACAAAUAUGGCAAAUAUGUCCACUAUUGUAGUAAAAGCUGAUGUACAUAUGACAGAAAACAAUGCUAGAUGUGAAUUAUAUAAGUCAGAUUUAAGUAGUACGAUACAAUCAAAUAAGAAACCUAAUAAAUUAGAAUUAUCUCAAAUGGAUGACAUUAGAAUCAUAGAAUCUGAAAACAUUAAUAUCUUGAGUAAUAAAAAAAAGCAACAAAAUGAACAGAAUCACAAGCAUAGAUGGUCGUUGCGAAUCAAACUUCAAACUUAUGAAAAUGAAAAUGCUUCAGCAGGUGAUACCAGCGAUGAAGAAUUAUUCUCACCAAGAAGUAAGGUUAAAUUAGAUAUGAAAAAUUAUAAAAAAUGUGGAUCAACUAGAAAUCUAGAUUCAGAAAACUUAUCAACAAAAAAUAGGAAUGUAAAAGAAAUAUCAAAGCCAGCAGAUGAAUAUACAAAAUUAAAGCUAGAGAAACGUGAACAUUCGGAAAGCUCAAAAAAUAACAAUAAAUGUUUAAAUAACAAAUCUGAGAAUAAACAGAAAUUUAUCAAGUGUGAUAAACAUGAUUCAACUUUGAUAAAAAAUAGUAACGUAAAGAACUAUAGUAAUACUAAUUUAGAAUAUACUACAGAAAAUAAACAAAAUGAAGAGGAUUGUAUGAUUAUCAAGGACAACAGUUUAAGGAGAAAAACAUUUGAUAAAUUAGCUCCUUUAUUUACCAAACGGAAAAGGCCAAAUCCAGAAAUAAUUGCAGCACGACGAUUGUUUUUACAGCCAGAUAUGACAGAUAAUAAUAGUAAAAAUAAAAAUCGGAAAGUAAAUGUUUGUAGUAUAUUACCAUUUCCACUCAUUAGUCAUGUUACACAGUUAAAUAAUUUAUCUUGGCAUGAAACUAACAUUUUUAAUAUCCCAAAAGAAAUCUGUAACAAUUAUGUUCCAAUUAUAGAUAUAAACGAUUUUAAAUCUUUAAUAGAUUUUUCCAAGAAAAAAUUGAUAGCUUUAGAAAAAAUUAACAAACCGAAAAUUGAAGAAGUAUUAACAGAUAUAGAAAAACGUUGUUCAAAUGUAAAAGACAUGUGGGAUGUUAUUUCAUUUAUUGUUAAGGAACAACCUAAUAAAAUAGUAUCUCCUAGAACAAAAACUAAAAAAAAUAAACAAUCGGGAAGAAAAGAAGUAAUAGAAUACAAAACUAAGGAGGAUCAAUUUGAAUACUGUAAUUGGACUUACAAAUACAGACCAAAAUGUUCUCAGGAAAUAGUUGGAAACGAAGAAGCAGUAGCAAAAUUGAGGGAAUGGCUGCUUGGGUGGAAACCGAUGUUUACCAAUGAGGAUGUUAGCAGUGGAGAUGAAUUUUAUUCAUCUGAUAGUUGUCAAACAAGAAUUAGUGAAAAUAAUCAAGUAGCUGUAUUACUCGGACCACAUGGCUGCGGUAAGACUGCGAGCGUAUAUGCACUAGCAGAUGAAUUUGGUUACAUUGUAUUAGAGUUAAAUGCAUCAUCUAGAAGAACAGGAAAAAAGCUUUUAAAAGAAUUAGAAGAAGCAACUAAAUCACAUCGAAUUAAGAAAAAUGAGAAAAUAUCUGUAUUUUGUGACCUAGUUUCAGAUGAAAUUAUGCCAAAGAAAAUACCACAAAACUCCCUCAUUCUUUUAGAAGAUGUUGAUAUUAUAUUUGAAGAAGAUGAAGGUUUUAUUUCUGCUACAUAUCAAUUAGCAUCAAAUUCAAAGCGUCCAAUUGUUAUGACGUGUAGAGACGUUUGUUCCCAUCUCAAUAAAAUGGCACCUCAACAAAACAGAAUUUAUUUUCAAGAGCCUGUUGGGAAUAGAGUUUGUGUUUUAUUAGAAUUAAUUUCAUUGGCAGAAACUGGUUAUAGACUUCCAUCUAAUUGUAUAACAGAGUUAUUGCAAAGCGGUGAUUUACGAAAAGCUAUAUUACAGUUACAAUAUUUAUUGUUAUCUGGUCCACCACGAAUAUUGGAACAGACCAUAAGUUUUAAAAAUUCAUUUUGGCAAAAUAUACGGUAUUAUAUACACAAGCCGGCAAUUAAAAUAACUAAGAGGGGGAAAAGGAAAAGAGUUGCAAGUAACGAAGUAACAAAUGAUGACAAAAACAUACUAAAUAAUAUAGCAAAUAAAUUAGAUAAUAUAGCUUUACUAUCAUCUCUAAUUGAAAUAGAAGAUUGUGCAUUAAAUCUGUGGCAAAAAAAAGCACAACCCAAUUUAUCUUUGGUCGAAAAUACUGCUCCAUAUUCAGCUUCUAGUAAUAUAUGUCUAGAAAUAGCUGAAUGGAUAGGUAGUAAAAUUAUAUGUAAAGAGGAAUUGAAUGACUACAAUGGGACACAAUAUCAAGAUAAUAUUAUGUUAAAAAAACAGUCAAAUAAAGGAGUAAAUGAAGCCUUGUCACAAACUACAUCGUUAUUGCUUGACCAUCAAAUUAUAGCUACAGAUUACCUCCCAUCUGUAAGAACAAUAUGUAGAGCAGAAGCAUUAAGGGCUAACAACAAUAAUAAAAGAAGAAAUCGGUUCUUUCAUUAUCUUCAUAAUUUGAAAGCACCAUCUACAUUAUUUCAACCUAAUAUUUUAGCGGCAGCAUGCAAAAUAAUGCACGAUAAAGUUGACAAUAAUAUACAAAGCGAAAAUAAUAGUGGUCUCUUAUAACGAUUAAUUUUUUGCAUUAAAUAUGUUAUAAACAUUUAUAAACAUAGUGCAAAUAUUAUUUUUAAAUAUAUAAUAAAUCAAAAGAAGCAGUGCAUGUUUAUAAAACGCUAGAAAAAUGAGUGUUAUUAUUUAAUUAUAUUUUACUUUUUAAUCCUUUUUUUUUUAAAGAAAAUAGAUUGUAGAUUGUUAGUCAUGCCUACUUUUAUAAUAUUAAAAACAUACAUAAAUAUUUUAUAUAUUAAUAAUGAAGCAAAAUACCUGUUAUCUUGAAAAAUAUUCAACAUUAUAUAUCUUUUUUCUAAGAGCAGUAAUAUUGUAUAAGCAUAGAAUUAAUGUAAAGUUGUAUUAUACAUAGUGCCUCCAAACUGUCUUAGGCUAACAGAUUAUGUCUUGAAUCUUAUGAUUACAUAAAUAAAAGAUAUAUUUAUUAUUAA